UUUAAUAAAAAAUGAACAUCAAUUUAUUUUAUUGGUUGUUGCUAGUUCUUAUUUUGAACAUUUUAUGCCACGGUGAUUUUACAGAUGAAUACUCAUGUGAUUCCAAUAAAAUACCGAAUAAAUUGUGGAAAAUGAAUUUCGACAAUUUGAAAUUAUUUAACAUGUUAUUGAGUAGAGAAAAUUAUCUGUCAACUCAUCGAUUGAAAAGAGAAAGUAAGAGAAACUCAAACCCGAACCAUCAGAUAGUAAUAUUAGAAGAAAUUAAAAAUGUUACAGAUCCUGGUAUCAGCAACAAUUCAAAUAUCGACAAGCAUGCGUUAGUAGUGGCAAAUUUUGAACGAGUGUGGCCAGUGGGAAAGUGGCGAGAAUACGGAUAUUUUACAGAUGAUUUCUUAGAUUUAAUAAACGAACAUUGGCUACACUUUCCGCCACCUUCGCAAACUUUACAGAAGAUAUUGGGAGGUUUCUAUCUGAUAUUCUCCACUGUUGGAUGUUGGGGCAACGUUAUUGUUUUGUUCAUGUAUCUCAAGUGCCGAUCGCUACGCACGCCAGGAAACAUAUUAGUGGCUAACCUCGCUCUCAGUGACUUCUUGAUGCUUGCCAAAACUCCAGUCUUCAUAUUCAACUCAUUUAAUCUCGGUCCGGCUUUAGGGAAGACCGGUUGCAUCAUUUAUGGAUUUUUCGGCGGUUUAACUGGGACCACGUCCAUAGCAACGUUAUCUGCUAUCGCACUAGAUCGCUACUGGGCCGUCGUUCGACCACUAGAACCACUCCGAGCCUUGACCGCAAUAAGAGCACGAUUGAUGGCAGUCAGCUCUUGGCUCUAUGCAGCAAUAUUUGCUUCGAUACCUGCAUUUGACUUUGGAUAUGGACGUUAUGUUCCCGAAGGUUAUUUAACGAGCUGCAGUUUUGAUUACCUUACAGAAGAGCAACUUCCUCGUAUCUUCAUUUUCGUCUUUUUCUGUGCCGCCUGGGUGGCACCUCUUUGCAUCAUUUCAUUUUGUUAUAUAAGCAUUUUUCAUGAAGUUGCUGGCAACAGAAAUAUCGCAAUAAAAAACCAAGAACAAAGGCUUUCUACAAGACAUAUUAAAGAACGAGUGAAACGUAAAGCUGAAAUUAAACUUGCAUUUUUGGUUAUGGCUGUCAUAGCUUUAUUUUUUAUUUCAUGGACUCCAUAUGCCGUAAUAGCGCUUAUAGGCAUAUUUGGAAGAAAAGAUCUUAUUACUCCAAUAUCGUCCAUGAUUCCCGCAUUAUUCUGCAAGACUGCCGCUUGUAUAAAUCCAUUCAUUUAUAUAAUAUCACAUCCCAACUUCCGAAAAGAAUUUAAAAAAAUAUUUUACUUUAAUAAAUCGAGACGUAUGGAAGGCACUAUAAAGACUACAGGAUACUAUACAAAUACUACAAGAAUUCACAGACCCAGCAAAGAUUUGAGUGAUACCGAUGUUGAAGUUAUCGAAAUGAAAGACAUACCAAAUCAAAGUGAAAAAUCAGUACAAAGAAACGAGGAGAGAGUGAAGACGAUAUCAUCAAAAAUAUCAGAACGAGAAGGAUCUCAAAAGAGUGCAAGUAUGAAAAGCUUUGAACAAGACUUAGUAAGCCCACCAUCAUGGUAUCGAAAGCCACAAUUUGCUAGGAAAAAGAGUUUCUUUCGUUAAUUAACAAAAAAUAUGCUACUGCUUACUUGCUGCUUGGCCGUGUGGUCUCUGCAUAGAAUGGGCCACCCCUUCCUAUCCCGUGGGUGUCGUAAGAACCGACUAAGGGAAGGUGAAGGAUAGGCAGCAUACCUCUUAACCUAACAACCUAAAACCGUUCAUAACAUUUUUUUUUAUUUUUAAAAGUUUUAAGGGCUUUUGCCUUCUUUAGGUAUAUUAGCGCAAAUGUACCUUGAACUGAUUUCUCCAAUAAGAUUUUAUCUACUUUACCUAUUCAAAAAAAGAGGGGAAUUAAUGGCCAUCAAAAUGUAUAAAUAUAUAAGUACCUACCGAAAUAACCGCAGUGUAUAUAUAUAU